AUGUUUGGUAUGGAUCUCACCAAGCCCUCUAGGGUCUCAGUGGCGGCUCCUAAACCUCGUACUGCUACGAAAAGCAAGACCACCACUUCAUCGUCAACGCCCUCAAAAGUCAAAGCUACUUCAUCAACGUCUACACCCACAACUUCUUCUUCGACGAAAAAUAAAGAUAAAGAUGUGAAGAGAACAAAUUCGUACUCUAAAGAUCCCAAGGGGUUCUUCGCGAAUUUACAGCAGAAUGAGAGAGAGUAUAAUAGGGUGCACGAUAGAGUGGAGUAUGCACAUUCGAAGGACAAGGCCAAGGAUAACGGUAAUACCACUUCCAUUUCCACUCCCUACAAAGGUAAAGAUAAGAUCAAUGGGAAUGGGAAAUCCACUCGAAAAGAAUUACCUUCUUCCUCUGCAUCGUCUUCGUCUACUACAACAGUAACCAAAACCAAGACGAAAGGAGGAACGAGAAUUCUCCCUCGCGAACAGACUCCAACUGUCCAUUCAGAUGAGGAAGAUGAGAUGGCCUUGGGAAGUACACCUCCUGAGAAUAUGCAUGAUGGAUACAGCGAUUAUAGGUCUUCUGUGUCUCGAUCUGUUUCACCGGGUAGAAUCACUUCUACCCCUACACCCAACGGAAAGAAGAAGAAAGUGUUAGUGCCUGCUUCAUCGGAUGGGGAGAUGUAUAAUACCCCGAAACCAAGGAUGAAAAAGAGAUCUAGUGAAGAUGAAGAUGAGAAUCAUGUUGGUACAGAGAAAAAGAAGAAGAGAAGGGAAGACGAUGACAAAGGGCAGACAAGCAAAUCCGAGGAAGAGGAAUAUCAACGAUUGGAUUUGGAGAAAGAAGAGAGGAAGAGUAAAAGAGAAAGUUUCGGCGGGACGGAUUUCUUCAAGCAAUUGGGUAAAUUGAGGAAGAAAGGUGAUUAUGAGGAUCCCGAUAUAACAGAUGAACAAAUUGAUCUUUCGAAAUUGCUUGAAGAUGUAGCGGAAGAAGAUGAAGAUCUGAGUGAAGAAGAUAGGAUGUACCUAGCACCAUACAAAAGUAGAACGGAACUAUGUCCAUACUGCUCCGGACCGUUCCCCUCCAAACCAUCCCCAAACCUCCUUCGUCAACAAGAAGAACUCCAUUCCCUAUCCACACCCAAACCUACCGACUCGAAUCCCAACGCAAGGGAACUCAGCUGGCAAAAGCACAUUGAAUUUUGCGCCUUGCACCACGCCGAAAUUUCCAUUAUACCUCUUGGACUCAGAGCGGGAUAUCCGGAAUCUAUCGAUUUUGCGAAUUUGGAUGGGAGGUUGGAAAGUGGUUGGAUAAGAGAACGGCUCGACGAAAUUACUAAGAAACCCCUAACGUCUCAGGCGUUUAGGACGGUAAUCAAGCAGAUCGAUGAGGUUGGGAAAGAUACCUGGGCAGGUGUGAAAUGGCAAUCUAAACCUGAGAAUUUGGCUGCUGUCAAAACUGGCUAUUAUGGUGACUUGGGACGAAUCAUCUUGAUCGAGCAUUUCCUGUCGAUGAGGAAAUGGGGAUAUUACCCAUGGCUUAAGAGUGAUACUCCGAUGUAUCCCGAUUUGAUCGAUCCCCUAAGUUGGACCGAAUUCGUCACUCAUAUAUUGGUACCUGAAGCUUCGGUAUUGCUUAUCAUGGAUGAUCAUGGUCAUGGUCAUGGCCAUUGUCAUGGAGAGGGAUAUGAGGAGAGUGAAAAGAUAAGAAAGGAAAGUGUUGGAUAUGGUACAUGGAAAUUUAGAGAAGACGAUGAUGAUUCGAAGGUUGUUAUGGAUGAAUUGAUGGAUAGGAAAGAUGACAAGAAGAAAAGGUUGAAGAGGAUUCGUAAAGCUCAACUGCAAGAAAGAGAAGGGAGAUCGAACAAAGAUGAAAUCAAGGAUGAAGAAGAUGGUGCAGAUUUGAUGACACCUAAACCCAAGUCUAAGCUGAAGUCGAGAUUGGAAAAGAAAGGAAGUAUAAUUGAGGUUGAAGGUUCACCCGAUACCACUCCAAUCAUACUCAAAACACAAAGGGAUAGAUUUAAACAUCCAAAUUCGAGUCAAACGUCCACAAAGUACGAUACAGGCACUGGUAAAGGUACAGACGAAGAUAAACCGAUGAUUGGUUCAUCUCAAAGUACGGAUUACGAUGGGGAUUGGAACGAGCGAGAUUUUCUGGAAGCUGCUAAGAUUGUCUCUUAG